AUGUCCACCGAUGACAUCCCGCCGUCAUCCGAAGCCGGGGACGACGAGACCGACGGCGGCGGCGGCGUCGACGCCACCCCGGUCUUCGUCUGGGGCACCAAUAUCAGCGUGCAGGACGUCAACGCCGCCAUCCUCCGGUUCCUGCGCCACUUCCGUGACCCGCGCGACGCCGGCCGCGUUGACCCGGUCAUGGACGAGGGCAAGUACAUGCGCGCCAUCCACCGCAUCCUAGAGCUCGAGGGCGGGGAGUCGCUCGACGUCGAUGCGCACGACGUGUUUGACCACGACCCAGACCUCUACAGCAAGAUGGUUCGCUACCCGCUGGAGGUGCUCGCCAUCUUCGACAUCGUGCUCAUGGACCUCGUCGCGCGCAUCGAGCCGCUCUUCGAGAAGCACAUCCAGACCAGGAUCUACAACCUCAAGUCGUCCAUUUGCUUGAGGAAUCUCAACCCAUCUGAUAUUGAGAAGAUGGUAUCCAUCAAGGGUAUGAUAAUUCGAUGCAGCUCGGUCAUACCGGAGCUCAAGGAGGCUGUGUUCCGCUGCCUCGUUUGUGGUUUCUACUCAGACCCCGUCAUGGUUGAUAGAGGGAGAGUAACUGAGCCACACAUUUGUCAGAAAGAACAAUGUAAAGCCACAAAUUCUAUGACCCUAGUGCACAAUCGAUGCAGAUUUUCAGACAAGCAGAUCAUAAAGUUGCAGGAAACACCAGAUGAGAUACCAGAAGGUGGCACUCCACAUACAGUUAGUGUUUUGAUGCAUGAUAAGCUCGUUGAUGCUGGAAAGCCUGGAGACAGGGUUGAGAUAACUGGAAUAUACAGGGCUAUGAGUAUUAGAGUUGGACCAACUCAAAGGACAGUGAAAUCUAUAUUCAAGACAUAUAUUGAUUGCCUUCACAUAAAGAAGACAGACAAGUCUAGGCUUCAUGUGGAGGACACCAUGGAUAUUGAUAGUUCUAAUGCUAGCAAAUCUACUGAAGAGGAUUUUCUUAGUGAUAAGGUUGAGAAACUAAAAGAGCUUUCGAAGUUGCCUGAUAUCUAUGACAGAUUGACUAGAUCAUUAGCUCCAAACAUAUGGGAGUUGGAUGAUGUUAAAAGAGGUCUCCUUUGCCAGCUUUUCGACGGCAAUCCCUUGAAGCUUCCUUCUGGAGCUAGCUUCCGGGGUGACAUCAAUAUUUUACUUGUGGGUGAUCCUGGAACGAGUAAAUCCCAGCUUCUCCAGUACAUGCAUAAACUGUCUCCUCGUGGUAUCUAUACAAGUGGUAGAGGAAGUUCUGCUGUUGGUCUGACUGCUUAUGUUACCAAAGAUCCUGAGACUGGCGAAACUGUGAUGGAACAGCAGACAGUAUCCAUUGCGAAGGCUGGAAUAAUUGCAUCUUUAAAUGCGAGGACAUCUGUCCUGGCAUGUGCCAAUCCUACCGAAUCACGAUACAACCCAAGGCUUUCUGUAAUUGACAACAUACACUUAGCCCCAACACUACUUUCAAGAUUUGACCUGAUUUAUCUUAUCUUGGACAAGGCGGAUGAACAAACUGAUAGGCGCCUGGCAAAGCAUAUUGUUUCGUUGCAUUUUGAGAAUCCAAAUUUAGAGGAGCUCGAGGUCUUGGAUCUGCAGACAUUAGUUUCCUACAUAAGCUAUGCAAGGAAGUAUAUUCAGCCACAGUUAUCUGAUGAAGCUGCGGAAGAGCUAACUCGUGGCUAUGUUGAGAUGAGGAAAAGAGGGAAUAGCCCUGGGAGCAGAAAGAAGGUCAUAACAGCAACUGCUAGACAAAUAGAGAGUUUGAUUCGUCUCAGUGAAGCAUUAGCCCGAAUGCGGUUCUCUGAAGUGGUCGAGGUGCGAGAUGUCGUGGAGGCCUUCAGGCUUCUUGAAGUUGCCAUGCAGCAGUCUGCAACGGAUCAUGCAACUGGGACGAUUGAUAUGGAUCUAAUCAUGACGGGGAUAUCUGCAAGUGAAAGGCAGAGACGGGAGAACCUUGUUGCUGCAACCCGUAACCUUAUCGUGGAGAAAAUGCAGCUUGGAGGCCCCUCAAUGCGAAUGAUUGAGUUGCUGGAAGAACUGAGGAAGCAGAGCUCAAUGGAAAUUCAUCUGCACGAACUCCGCGGUGCUCUUGGCACUCUGAUGACUGAAGGUGCAGUGAUUAUCCAUGGAGACAACGUGAAGAGAGUUUGA